AUCCGGUGUCCAUAUUCCGGUGUCCAUAUUCCCGUCAUCCGGUGUCCAUAUUCCCGUCAUCCGGUGUCCAUAUUCCCGUCAUCCGGUGUCCAUAUUCCCAUCAUCCGGUGUCCAUUUUCCGGUAUUCCGGUGUCCAUAUUCCGGUAUUCCGGUGUCCAUAUUCCCAUCAUCCGGUGUCCAUAUUCCCCUCAUCCGGUGUCCAUUUUCCGGUAUUCCGGUGUCCAUAUUCCGGUGUCCAUAUUCCGGUAUUCCGGUGUCCAUAUUCCGGUAUUCCGGUGUCCAUAUUCCGGUGUCCAUGUUUUGUCCGGGGUUAUUCUCCGGCAUUGUGGAAUUUUCUAUAGAAGGUGAUAUUUGUCAUGCAGGGUACAGAAUGUCCUCCUCCUCCUCCUCGCACCUCCCUGUGACCUCCUGCUCAGCACUCCGUCCCGUAUAAGAAGGUCCGGAGAGUCCGGCGGGGAGAGCCAAGGAUGGAGUCUCAGCCUCUUCUCCCGGCGCCCCCCUCGGAGCAGGAUUCGGAGUUCUGGGUGCGUCUCCGGCGGAGACUCGUACUCUUAUUCUGGGUCUCUUAUGCUGUGAUGUGCGCAGUCGCCGUUGUGCUGGUGAUGCGAUCCUACGAGGCUCCGCCCACUAAUUCCUGGUACCAACGCCGCGUCCUCUGCUCCUACCUGGACCUUCCCGAGGGAAACCACACCGAUCUCAGGCGGUCCAUACGAGGAGCUUCACUCCUGGGGUGCGGAGGUGUCCUCCUGAGGAUGGCGGAUAUGAGGAGCAGCGCGCGAAACCUGGUGACCGAGGGCCACAAAUACGAUAUUCGGAUUUUGUUGGACUUUGUUCUAUCAGAGGAAACCAACAGGAGCCAGGAGCAGACAGUGAAGGAUGCGGUGAGGCGGUGGAUCCAGGACGGGGUCUCGGGGUUCAGCCUGUCCGGGGGGCACAGAGAGGCCCUGAUGACGGUGGUGGAAAGUCUGGAGGAGGAGCUGGAUGGUGUCAGGGGAGAUGAAAGGAUCGUUCUGCUCCCCGAUUGGCUGGGUGAGGAGGCCGCCAUCAACAAGUCCCGCUUCCUGCGCACCCGUCCCGUACGUGACUGGAAGCCAUGGGAGGCCAACCAGAGUUCAGAGGUCAUGAAAACCGCGUGGGAGGUGUCAUACCUGACCGCUCCGGAACUGCAAUUUAUGGCGGUCACCUUACCGGGAACCAUCAAGCUGUCCCUCAGCCAGACACACCCGCCACCCUCCUGGCUCCGCCCUCUGCUCCUCCUGCGCCACCAGAACCCCGCCCUCUACGCCGGGUGGCUACAAACUCUGUCUGAAAACUCCACCCAUAACGUCCUGAGCCACUGGGGCUGCUCCACCCUCUUAAUCGCCAUCAAUCCAUCCAACCAAUCCCAGGUCUUCCCCUUGCACCUCCCGAACUACACCGCCUCAGCGAAACUCCUCUUCUCCACCCAGCGGGGCCACAAUGGAGGAAAGAUGGCAGAAGACGGGGUGCUGCUGGCACCGAGAGAGGCCCAACUACUCCGCCUGACACCGCAAAAGUGAGAAAAUGGAACUGUGCCAACCUCACCCCACACUGUGCCAACCUCACCCCACACCGUGCCAACCUCACCCCAGAACGUGCCAACCUCACCCCACACUGUGCCAACCUCACCCCACACUGUGCCAACCUCACCCCAAACCGUGCCAACCUCACCCCACACUGUGCCAACCUCAACACACACUGUGCAAACCUCACCUUACAUUGUGCCAACCUCACCCCACACCAUGCCAACCUCACCCCACACUGUGCAAACCUCACCCCACACUGUGCCAAACUCA